AUGGAUUGGCUAGGAUUUCUGCUUAACUCUUUGAUGGUAGGCCUGGGCCGCUUCAGUUUUGUGGCUACGGCGUCUAUCUCGCCAGUAGCCAAAGAACAUAAUUUACUCGAAAGAGGAUACGGUCCGAGAUCCAGCGUUUGGGCUUUCAGUGGGAUAGUGUGUUUAGUGUGGUACUUCACCGUUUUGGCACUGGCAUACUCCGGUUGGAUCGAAAUCAUGCGCAAAUAUAGAGACAAAAAACGGCUGGCCACGCAGGUGGAUGCUAGGGAAGCCGUCAGCAUCAUUCGCCCUUGCAAGGGAAUCGAAACAGAGAUGGUGGCUUGCUUGGAAAGCAGCAUUCUGCAGGAGUAUCCGAUUCACAAAUUUGAAGUUCUGUUUUGUGUUGAGAGCCGAGAUGACCCGUGUUUACCUAUCAUUCGCGAGCUCCUCGCCAAGCACGCUCGCCACGAUUUGAAACUACUGGUGGGGAAAAGUGGACUCGAGGACUACUAUGGACCCAAUCCUAAGAUAAACAAUCUUUCCAAAGGUUACCGGUAUGCGCGAAACGAUAUAAUUUGGGUUUUGGAUGCCAAUGUGUGGGUUGCACCGGGUAUUCUUAGCCGUAGCAUUGCCAGUCUUGUUAAGUCUCUUGAUAACGGUACAAAGACCGCUUCCCGUCCGGUUGUGUUGACCCACCAUAUCCCGCUGGCUUUGAGUGUGAGCCAAAACGACCAUGUCGUUCCUCUGAGCGCGCGCUUGGACGAGAUGUUCAUGUUCAGUUCGCAUGCGAAAUUCUACGCUGGCUUCAAUAAAGUCAGCAUCGCACCCUGCGUAAAUGGGAAAUCAAAUCUCUACCGCCGAUCGGAUCUAGAUAGGGCUGUAAAGGACAUUGGGGGAGCCGCCAAAAAGACAAACCUGUUCAAGGACAAGCAAAUUCAGCAAGAAGCACGCAGGAUAACCGCGAAGGCGGUGGAAAUGGCACAUGCUGAUGUCCGGAAUCCUUUUACAGAAUUAACAGCUGAUUCGCAGACCGGCAAUAUAGUGGAGCGAGAAGUCUCUGCCCAUGAUCAACUGCAUCACCAUGGGAUAGAGUUUUUCAGCACCUACAUCGGCGAGGACAACAUGAUUGGGACCGCUUUGUGGGACAUGCUUGGUGGGCGGACUGGUAUGACCACCGAUGCCGUGGUUCAGCCUCUCCAGUUUGGCGUUCGCGAUCAAGGACUACGGAAUUACAUAGAUCGCCGCGUCCGCUGGCUCCGCGUUCGUAAGUAUAUGGUGCUAGCAGCUACUUUGCUGGAGCCUACAACCGAAUGCUUUGUAAUCGGCAUUAUGGGUGCCUGGGGGUUAAGCUGGCUUUUGAAUGGCAGCUUCAUUAUAAUCUUCACACUCCACUGCGCAGCAUGGUGCCUCUCCGAUAGGCUACAAUAUCUCGUUUUGCUACAUACUAUUUUCCAAGACGAUCAUAUUAAAGAUUUGCCUGGCUUCCUAAUGAGAACCAGAAAUGUUCCUCGCGGUUUUGCCGACUGGUGGAAGAUUUGGCUACUCCGCGAGCUUCUGGCUCUGCCAAUUUGGGUCAAAGCUAUGUGUGGGUCCGUCAUCGACUGGCGAAACAAGCCGUUCCGAAUCAAAAGCGACCUUACUGCCGAAGAGCUGAUGCCUACCUCGUCGACCUCUGGCAACAGAGGACUGUACCAAUAA